AAAAUACCCGCCCACCCUUGAUUGAAUUUUUCUUCUUACUUUUGUUUCUACGUUCUUUUUCCUAUUUCCAAUUUAAUCCUACACUUUAUUUUCUCUCCUCUUAUUCAUUUGUACAUUCUGUCUUAUUCAAAAGCCAUUCUACACAAACAGCAACGACAAGCCCAGAACAGGCUCAUCCAUUUUUCUCUACAUAACGACAAAUAAUGAAAACGGCAGCAGACCACGAUAAAAAUGGCAAACAGCCAGCCUUGAAAGAAACUUUGGCACACGACACCGACGACGUAAAUUCACAUUCACUAAGAGCUGAGGGCAGCACAAAUUCAAGGCCCGACCAUGAACAGGCUGCCACAACAAUUGAGGCAGCCAAUGACGAUGUCAUCAAUGCAGAUAUCGCAGAGUCCAGGCAGUAUAAGCAGAGCGAGCAGCAGCAGCAGGCGUCAAGUGCUGCAAGCAUGAAUGGCGGCCGCAGAGUCAGCUGGCUGUCUCCUGAAAGGGAGGGGAAUUUGCACGUGGCUGCUCGGCCUUUAGAAGGGGCGUCGAGCACCAGAAGCGAGGAUAAUACAGAGGCGCCAGCGGUGCCAAUGCCUGUGGCUGCCGUUAGCGGGUUGCAACGGGCGUCGGCGGACGAUAAUCAGCGGGAGAGCGACUCAUUGGCCGGAGACCACUCGACAACGAGCUCUUUGUACGAUGAGUCCUUGUUCAUCGUUGGCAGCGGCGCAACCGGCACUGGCAUCAACGGCAUAUUGCUCCCAAUGAGUGGCAGCAGCGGUCCCGGAAUAAGCAGUGCACGCAGUGGGACGCUGAGCCCGCAGUACACGUUGGUCAAUAGCGAUGGCGCCAGCAUGCGGGUGCACACGGGGAGUAUUCGCGAGCGCAACCUUAACCGCCGCAUUUCGGCCAUUCAUGAGGACGAUUCAGACGCGUAUCCAGAGAGUCGUCGCUCGGACUCGAUGUUGUUUAUGCAGACGUUGUCGCCGUCGCAGUCGCAGCGGCGGCGAUACCCGUUGCAUUCGCAGCCCACUAGCCAGCCCAGUCAAGGACAGGGUUACGGCCAGGGCCAGCGCCGAUCGCGGCGCAUGUCGGAGGAUGAUCUCAGCAUGUUUACAUAUGGUGGUGCUAGCGCGGAUACCCCCGGUAUGCGGUUGAUGGCAGAGUCAGACCAUCUGUCGAUGAUCUCGGGUAUCAGCGAGGGCGGCGCAUCGACAACACGCGUGCGGAUGGCUACAGAUCUCGCCUACAAUGCCUUGAGGAUUGGGCCUAGCGAAAACUACUCACUGUUUGGAUACGGUGGCGGCCAGCAUCGCGCCAUGUCUUUUGCCACGUCGAGCGAUCCUGGGCUGCCCAACACGGGCUCGUUCUACGACUAUUAUCUUGGCCCAGAGGGCGAUCCUCCCAACUCAGGCUGGAUGCAGGAUGGCCACAACAACAACAACAGGGACAGCGACAGCGAUGCUGAUGAUGGCGAUAUUGUCAGCUUGAUACGCAGCGACAUUGCCGUGUACGGCGGCGCCGGCGACGAUGUAAAGUUCCCGUUUUUGCCCGACAACUUUAGCGAGUUCAGCGGCUCUAUAGUCUACUCGCCAGGCGGGGCUCUGUCAGUCGACGUCGAAAGGCUUUCUCGUGACCACUCUGAGUUUUCGUAUGUUUCGCCCGCGUACCACUACCAGUUGCAGCAACAACAAGCACAGCAGCAGCAAGAACGCCAGCAACAAGCGCAGGACUUUCAGAACCAGCAGAUCCAGCGUUACAAGCCGCAGACUAAGCUCAGGAAGAAGGGCAAGAACGCUGUGCCUAAUGGCGAUACCGCCGGUAGGGAUAGAGCUGUGGGCAGUGGCAGCGGUAGUGGGAAUUCAGCAUCAGCCAAUGUUUCGCCUCGCCAAAGAUGGACGAGAAACUUGGGUCCGGUCAGUCCUAAGACCCCGGGGCCUAUGUACCAUCGGUAUAGCCGGAGGCUCCGUCACCAGUCGGCCAGCGAUACGUACCAUUCGGCGUCCCAUACUGCAGCACAGGUAGCUGCAGCAUCGCGGGCUGUAGAGGCAGCGGCGGCAGCCCAUGCGGCGGCGGCUGCUGCUGUUGCUGCCGCCGCGAGUAAUGGGAGCGCUGGAAGUAGCAGCAGCCCACAGUCCCAGGGCGUUAGAUCCCAUGAUUCUGCUUCUGCUGCUGCAAUUCGGCCAAAUGCCAUUAUGAGGUUUUUCAAGCGUAUUGCGCCCAAGAACUAGACCAUUUUUUGCUAUUGAUUUUUCCAUUGAUAA